UUGAGCCACAAAGGUAAUAACUUCUAUAGACCCCAUUUGUUAAUAAAUGCUCAUCCAUGUGAGUGAGCCGGGAAAAAAAGGGAUUCAUUUGUUGUGUGUGUCUUUCUCUCUCUUCUAUAUAUCAACCUUCUUCACUGAGAUAUGCUUCACUUGUAACAUUUCCACAACUGUAGCCAACUUUUGUACUCUGAUAGUGAUGAUCAUGAUCAUGAUCAUCAUGACAUGAAUAUAUAUAUAUAUAUAAGAUAUCUCUUACCUUCCAUCUUCUUCUUCCUCUUCUAAUAAGAACAGAGUUUUGGUUCUUCAUCUUUGUUCUUUACAAAAAUGGGUAGAUCACCGUGCUGCGACAAAUUGGGUUUGAAGAAAGGACCUUGGACACCAGAAGAGGAUCAGAAACUUUUAGCUUAUAUUGAAGAACAUGGUCAUGGAAGUUGGCGUUCAUUGCCUGAGAAAGCUGGUCUUCAUCGAUGCGGGAAAAGUUGCCGACUAAGAUGGACUAACUACUUAAGACCUGACAUCAAAAGAGGCAAAUUCAACUUGCAAGAAGAGCAAACCAUUAUCCAACUCCAUGCUCUGUUAGGAAACAGAUGGUCGGCGAUUGCUACUCACUUGCCAAAGAGAACAGACAACGAAAUCAAGAACUAUUGGAACACUCAUUUGAAGAAACGGUUAGUGAAAAUGGGGAUUGAUCCAGUGACUCAUAAACCCAAAAACGAGACUCCUUUAUCUUCUCUUGGUCUAUCCAAGAACGCAGCUAUACUUAGUCACACUGCUCAAUGGGAAAGUGCAAGGCUUGAAGCUGAAGCAAGGCUAGCUAGAGAAUCGAAGCUUCUUCAUUUACAACAUUACCAAACCAAAACAUCAUCUCAUCAUCAUCAUCAUGGAUUCACUCACAAGUCAUUGUUACCCAAUUGGACAACAAAACCAAACGAAGACAAUGCAGAUCAACAACAACUUGAAUCUCCGACAUCUACAGUGUCAUUCUCUGAGAUGAAAGAAUCAAUCCCAGCGAAGAUAGAGUUUGUCGGAUCAUCAACUGGUCUAAGUCUGAUGAAAGAACCUGAUCAAAACGAUUGGAUCAACUCAACGAUGCACGAGUUUGAAACUACGCAGAUGGGGGAAGGAAUCGAAGAAGGGUUCACGGGUCUCUUGCUCGGUGGAGAUUCAAUCGACCGGAGUUUUUCCGGUGAGAAAAACGAGACGGCCGGCGAGAGUAGUGGUGGUGACUGCAACUACUAUGAGGACAACAAGAACUAUUUGGACAGUAUUUUUAACUUCGUGGAUCCUUCACCGUCGGUUUCACCACCGAUGUUCUGAAUCAAGGGCUGAUAUUUGUUGGGAAUGUUUUUGAUUCUUUUUUAGUUUCUAGUUUUUGUGCUUAAACUCUGAUUGGACAAUUUGUAGACUAAUCCAAUUUUUGCUUUCUUUUUUUCUUGAAUUAUCGUUUCACUACUACCUAUAUUAUGCUAUUUGGACGAA